GACCUACUCUAACGACUGAGUACGUUUGUAGAAAAUCGUCAAAAUCGUUUCAGGGUCCCUUUAAUUGGUUCCUCGUGUGGGUCAACUUUGCGAGAAGGAGACGUAUCCCGCGCAGGCACCACAUUCGCGAGGAGUGCAUGAGCCUGGCACCGGACUUCGCAAGGAGCAGCCUGCAGCUGGCGCUGGAGUUGCACGAGGUGAUCCGGGAGUCCGCGGGAUCGCGCAACAUGCUCUUCUCUCCCUUCCUGCUGUCGAGCGCCCUGGUGGGUCUGUACAACGGCACCCGGGGCCGCACCGCCGACCAGAUCGCGCGGGCCGCGCACCUGGGAUACGAGGAGCCCCGUCAGGUGUCCACCUGCCUGCCAAUCUGGCACGCGCGGCUGUUCCCUACGUGGCCCGACAGCAACAGGCGCAACUUCGAGAUGCGCCACGACAACUGCCUCGUCUAUGACAAGGGGCUCCGGCUCGCCGAUGGGUACAAGAGAUGGCUGAGCCGCUGGUGCCGCGUGGAGGCCGAGGAUUUCGCCAACGACCCGACAGACGGCGUGGUGUUCCCCACGCGCAUGACGGCCUGGAUUGGAGCUCUCACUUCGUUCUCCUGCAAGACACCUGAGGACGCCUCCUUCUGGACAGAGGUGGACCGCACGACGUCGCUGUUUCUACUCAGCAUCCUCUUCAUCAAAGGAAAAUGGCGUCACGUAUUCCACGUCACUCGUGGGUUCUUCCACGAAACGCCUAAGAAAUCUAAGGCCGCACCCGGUACGUCGACGCCGCCAGCAGCGGACGACGACGGCGAGCAGCAGCAGGAGGAGCAGGAGAAGUUCAUCGUGGACAGACCCUUCUUGUUCCUCGUCAUGAACAGCGAGCCCAAGGCCGUCCUCCUAUUCGGCUCGGUCCGCAAGAUAUUCGCCUGGAAGUAGCCGGCUAGCGAGUAUCGGGCGCCCCCUGUCGCUGGCUCUGUAAUUUUCUGUCUGCCUCUGCACAAUGAACCUGUUCGUCGA